GACCGUUCUAUGAAUGGUAGUUUCGAAUUAUCAGAAUUAUUGGGAAUUGAUUAUACAUAUAUCGCCUUCUCGGAUGUAAUGUUUACGUAAGUUUACGUUUGCUUUUCUUGUGGGUAACUUUUGACAGCUUCAUAAAACGUUUAUCGACAAAAGGUAUAUCGCGCGCAAUAAUGAAUAAAACUUUGCAACAAUGCGCGUCGUUUUCGUUUGGACAUUUAUUUAUAAACGAGGUGACAUGACAUGCGCCAUGGAAAAUAGGACAGCAAUGGCUUAAAGAAGAAGAAAAGAGCAUCGCGCGUACAAUUCGCCGCUUCGGUUGUUCCGAUGCUCGGUGCAUCUUGCUAUGAUACUUUUCGCGUGGCCGAAAGUCGUUUUCUCCUGUUCGAACGUAACGUCUGUAAUUGUUCGGUACAUGUAGAAAAUAAAGGAAUUCAAAUGAGUCUGAAAUUCCAAUUCAAAUGUCACCAAAGCAACAGAGAACCCGUUCUCGAUUCAAGGUGAUAACUCCAUUUCGAUCGCUGGUUCUCUGUGGUGAAAGUAGACAAGAAAUGGAAGAUUGGUUGAACGCGUUAAGGACAGUAGCGGAGACUCAUCCUCAAACGGAUACCGGUAUAGCAGAAAUGCUUAGCGGUAACCAUCAAUGGUAUGCGACAAGUCACGCAAGACCGACUUACUGCAAUGUUUGCAGGGAUGCCCUCUAUGGUGUUACUUCUCAUGGUUUAAGUUGUGAAAUAUGUAAAUAUAAAGUUCACAAACGAUGUAGCAUAAAAGCAAUAAACAAUUGCAAAUGGACUACAUUGGCAUCUAUCGGUAAGGACAUUAUCGAGGACCAAGAUGGGAACAUUACUAUGCCACACCAGUGGAUGGAAGGCAACUUACCGGUAUCCUCAAAAUGCUCUGUGUGCGACAAAACUUGUGGCUCUGUGCUCAGGCUUCAAGAUUGGAGAUGUUUGUGGUGUAGAGCUACGGUACACACAGCAUGCAGACCUGCCAUAAGUGUUAUAUGUCCAUUAGGACCAGCUAAACUAAGCGUAGUUCCUCCUACAGCAUUACACAGUAUAGGUAGCGACGAGGCUUGGGAAGCUAUUAGACCCACCGGCUGCAGUCCACUUUUAGUAUUUGUAAAUAGUAAAUCUGGUGAUAAUCAAGGCGUAAAAUUUCUUAGAAGAUUUAAACAAUUAUUAAAUCCAGCACAGGUGUUUGAUCUUAUAAAAGGUGGACCAGGGCCAGGGUUGAGAUUGUUCCGUCACUUUGACCCAUUUCGGAUUCUGGUGUGCAGCGGCGAUGGAUCCGUCGGUUGGGUUCUCUCUGAGAUCGAUCGUUUGGGGAUGCAUAAGCAGUGCCAAGUUGGAGUUCUACCUUUGGGAACGGGAAACGAUCUGGCACGUGUAUUAGGUUGGGGAUCUUCUUGCGACGACGAUACUCAUUUACCCCAGUUGUUAGAGAAAUAUGAGAAAGCAGGUACCAAAAUGCUCGAUCGAUGGAGUAUUAUGACGUUCGAACGUAGCAUAUCUUUGCCAUGUCAUAAAACUGCUUUGAGUCGAUCCGAAACAACUUUGAAAUCCAAUAUUGUCCAUCAAUACGAGAACAAUGUUAUUACUCACAUAACGAACAUUUUACAGUCAGAUCAGGACAACGUAGUUUUAUCUAGCAUUAAAAUUCUGUGCGACACAGUUAAAGAUUUUGCAACGCACAUAGUGGAAAAUAUAAACUCAGAGGACCAACAAGUGGAGGAAAAGUGUAAAAUACUUCAGGAAAAGCUUGAUUUGUUAUUACAAACGUUAUGCAAAGAAGAAUGUUUCUUAACCGAGCAUAUAGAAAAUGCAGAUAAUAUUACAUUAAACGCUGAAGUUUCUAUUUCACCUGACAGUUGUGAGAAAGGAGUAUUAGAAAAGCCAGAAAAAGAUAUGACAAACUUGAAAAGGGUUCAAAGAAAAAGACGUCUCAUGGAAAAAGAAAUUGUAAUGACAAGAGCAAAUAGCUUGAAAAGAAUUAUACGACAUCUCGUAGAAUAUUCACAAUUGACUGUCGACGAUCAGAUUAAUGUGGAUAUAAAACAUAUUGCUAAAUCAUCGAACACAACUACUUCGCUAGACGAUACUACAAUACUAAAUUCCGUAUCAAACAAAAAGCAACAAAUGGAUAUUCCCGGUUUGAAAGUGGACCAUGUCGAAAACUUAUCCAUAGGACCAUUUAUAGAAUCCCUGAAAAGUACAGAAGAUUCUAUAUAUACCCCUAGUCUUACUCCUAACCUGGCAUCUUUGAGUCCAAUGCUCGACCUUAGAAGAGAUUCUCAAUCAGAAGAAUUAUUAACGUUACCUGCUCCAGAUGGUUUUGCUGACACUAGACGAAAUAGUGAAAAUUCACCUCAAGGCUCGUUUAACUUUCAAGAUCUUGCAACUCAGUCCAUGACUAUAUACGGUCAGCAAGAAACUGAAAUUCAAGCUUGUAACGAUCAACAUAUAUCCGAAUAUAAUAACAUAGAAGCUUCUUCGGAGUUUCAAAUAAGUGUUACAAGAACUAACUUCGAUACAAGUUCACCUUCGGAUGAUGCUACUAUGCAAGACACCGUCAUUUCUCCUGAUUCAGAUUCGAUUCAAUCUAGACACAUAUCCCCGGAACACGAACAAAAGUUUGAAGAUAAAAGUAAAAUGGAUACACCUAGAGGUAGCUGUAGUAACAGUAUCGUUAGUACGGAUAGUAUGAUCUCUGAUACUUUGGACUUUAAGAGUUACGUUGUACGAAAUAGCGAAAGUGAAAUUGCUCGUAUAGGUAGCGAUAUAUUUGAUUCUACAAAGAGAUCUGACAGUUCUGAAAUCGGGCAUAUUGAUUCUCCUGACAAUUCGGACAUGUUUACCAGCGAAGUGCAAAAUUCUGAAAGUUUAAUCGACGAUUUAAGCUCUCUCGGACAAGAUUUGAUUAGCACGAUGAUCGGAGAAAAAUACGACUCAGUAAGAGAAUGCUUGGAAUCCGAGCACGUCGAGAAACCACAAAAAUAUUGCAGUUUAGCUCAAUUUGUAGAAGGCAACGAUAUCGCUAGACGGUCUUUUAAGAAGGAAACAAAAAAUUCCAUAGUUAUAGAGAAAGAGAAUAAUAAACUCAAGCAUAAAUUAGGAUUAACUGGACAAAAUACUAUCGAGGUUGCUAAAUCUAAAGAUUCUCCGGAUGGUAAAACAUCCGAUUUGUUGAGUCCUGUAUGCUGUUUUACCGUUUCUUCGGAUACUACUCCAACAAACGAAAAACCUAAUAAUUUUCCACCUACGAUUAGCGUUAUAAUUAAUCCUCCUAGCCCAUCGAUGUCGAUCGAAAGUCAACAUGAUUCAGACACAGGGUAUAAAAUGAGCCCUUACUUAAGACGGCAUAACGGCGAAAGUAUGGAGAAAUUGAGCGUAGAACUGCCAGAGUCGGGAUUCUCUCCUCAAGCAACUCGUCGAAUUAGCAGCGGGAGCUUACUGAAAGCAUCGGAAGUAGUUUCUUUGGCUGCUACGGCUGCAAGAUUCGGCGGUUCUAAUAUAAGUCUACGUCAUGAAAGAAUGAAAUCCGUAGACAAAACCGAGGAAGCUAAAAAACUACCAAUUAUCAAUCCAUUGGUUCAGUUAUCUAUGUGGCCAAACGUCAGUGGAGGAACAGGUCUUAUUAGUCAAGCGUUACUUGCAAAUGCAGAUGCACUUUGUGCUGCAGUAUCGCCAUUAAUGGAUCCCGAUGAAACUUUAAUGGAAGGCUAUUUCGAACGUUGCGUUAUGAACAAUUAUUUUGGAAUUGGUAUCGAUGCAAAAAUCAGUCUUGAUUUUCAUCACAAGAGAGAAGAACACCCUGAGAAAUGUCGAUCACGAGCAAAAAAUUAUAUGUGGUACGGUGUAUUGGGGUCCAAACAAUGGUUACAGAAGACGUACAAAAAUCUUGAACAACGAGUUCAGUUAGAAUGCGAUGGUCAACGGAUACCGUUACCUUCUUUACAAGGAAUCGUUGUAUUGAACAUUCCAAGCUUCAUGGGUGGCACAAACUUUUGGGGAGGCACGAAAGAAGGAGAUUUAUUUUUAGCGCCAUCAUUCGAUGACCGUAUACUAGAAGUUGUAGCGGUAUUUGGUUCCGUUCAAAUGGCUGCCUCGCGACUUAUUAAUUUACAGCAUCAUAGAAUCGCACAGUGUCAAACAGUUCAAAUCAAUAUUUUGGGUGACGAAGGGGUACCUAUACAAGUCGAUGGCGAGGCUUGGAUUCAACCACCUGGUAUCAUACGUAUUAUACACAAAAAUCGUAUGCAGAUGCUUUACAGAAAUAGGGCUCUAGAGACAUCGUUAAAAACGUGGGAGGAAAAGCAGCGCAAUACGCUCAACGCAAUAUCCCAAUCGACGUCUACUUUAAGCAAUGCACAAUUACAAUCGCAGUCUAAGUCUCACUUAUACGCACAUAGUAAACCAUCGCACUUAAAUGACGAAGAAAUGUACAUUUUACUUGGAUUUAUCGAAGUAGUUACGACUCUAGUUAAAUGGGUCAAGUUACUCAUUAUAUCGCAUCCAAGUUUGGAACCCGAUUUAUACCAAGUCGCAGCUAGAACAGCGCAGGCACUCGAACAAGUGCAUCCCGAUGGAAAAAUAUUACAAGGCGACAAUCUGAGACCCGUCGUAACGGAACUAGUCUCGAGCGCGAGACAACUUUACGAAGAUUCGUGUGAAUUGCUUCGAGAUAAAGCGCACAAUUUAAGAUUGCGGGAAGAUUUAGAAAGCAAGUUAUCGUUCUCUUUGGCCAAUAUGGAGCAAGAAUUGAAGAAGUGUACGUUCGACGAAGGGGGCACUGGGUUGGUAUAUUUCCAAACUUUGCCAUCGGAUGAGCAGGGAGAUAAAAAGAAUCGUCACAAAGGUUUAUUCUGGUUGAAAUUCCGGCGUUCGGGAGGUAAUUCCGGUGGACAUCCCGCUAGGGAUCAAGUCACUACGUGGGGCGUUCAAGAAGUGUGCUCCUGGUUGGAAAAUCUACAACUGGGCGAAUACACGGACAAGUUUGUUUCUCACGACAUACGAGGUAGGGAAUUGUUAACGCUAGCCCGUAGAGAUCUCAAGGAACUCGGUAUUACUAAAGUCGGACACGUUAAACGAAUAUUACAAGCCAUCAGUGAUCUGAAUGAUUAGAUAUACCAACGCGUACAUAAACGUUUCAAAUGACAAAAAUAAUUAGCGUGUUAUAACACUUAACGGUUAUCCAUAAAUUUAAAUUUGUGUUACUGUCGUAAAAAAAUUACAAAUUACUGCUAUCGAAAGUAGUAAUCGACUGUAUACAGAUCGUUUACAGAAUGCGUUGAGUAAACAAGAAAAUUUGUAAUUUUACGCGACGGUAAAAAUCAGAACAUAGAUAUUCCGAUAAAAUAGUAGUCAGUGUGACGGAGUAUCAUAGAAAGAUUAUUUUUUACGCUGAUAUACGUCGCAACUUGAUAUUACUUGUGCCAAACUAUUUAACUAACUCUACGUCAGAGGUAAAGUAAUUAUAAGGGAAUUAGAAGAAGACACGUUUGUUUCUUUUAAAACUAGAAGCAUGACUUAGUUAGAGUGUAUUUUAAUCAAACUCGCAUCUUAGAAUAUUACUAGACGUAGGGAACACGACAUCGAUGAUGCAUUUAUCGAACAAAUAAGAUUUAGACAUCAUCAGAAAUCUUAUUGAAUAAUGAUUUAAGUACAUUUGUUGCUUUAUGCAUUGUAUAAAAAUUAAAGACUUCAGGAACGAUAUGUUAACGUAAAUUAUGUAUCAGUUCGAAAGGUAUUAAGCCAUUAUUUGCCACUUUUUUUAAAAAUAUUUAAUAGAUAUUAAACUAAAUAUCUCUGAAUAUUACUUCAAGUUUAAUCGAAGCAGUAUUAAUACAUUUUAAAGUUACACGUAAAUCUAGAUAUGAAAUAAUUACUGUCAAAUAUACAUAUAUCAUUUAUACAAGUCUAUUCUAUUUGUGAUUUAUAUUAAUUUACUUCGAUUUUAAUUUUACGUGCAAAAAAUAAAUAUGUAUAUGUAUGUGUACACAGUAUUACAUAUAAUACUAUGCAUACAUAUAUAUAAUAUGAUAUACAAAAAAAAAAGACAGUAUUUAUUACAGGGUGUUUGUAAGGGUAAACUACGUAUAUUACAAGCGUAAUAAGGAGUACUUACAAGUAAAUUAAUAUAUUAUGUCCUCUUAUGCUACGCAGAAAAGAAUUUUUUCUGUUAUUCAAUCUUAAAAUUCGAGUCGUAUUGAGGGUGUCCCAAUAGAAAUAACCAUUUUUAAUAUGCUCGCUAAUAUAAGUAGCAAUAAUUUCUUUCUUAGCAGAAACAUAAAAGAGAUUCGAAAAACAACUUUAUUCCUCUUAUGGAAGAUGUAACUUCUUGCGGUAGCAUUCGACAGAGUAUUGAAUUUUUCGAAUAAAACUAUUAAAGCUCAUUAAUAAUACUUCAAUGAUACAGGACGACCCAUUCGAACGGAACACCUUGUAUUUAUUAUCUACAUUAUACGAAAUAUACGUACAUAUACACAUACAGAAGCGUAUAUGCACAUUCGAAAUGAGAUCCUCUACAUACGUAUACAUUUAUCGAUAACACGCUAUAUAUAUGUAAGUGAUCUACAACUUUUUUAUGCUCGUUAAUUAAAAUGUUUAAUCGUAUCUAUCUUCUUAAAGAAAAAAAAAAAUUGAAAAGUACUCAAAGACACGUUUUUAAUACAAAACAAUUAAAGGAAAGUGAAACUAUUGCAUAAAAUAAACUGAGAGUUGACGAUGACGAUGAUGAUGAUAAUAAUAAUAGUAAUAAUAACAAUAACAAUAAUAGUAAAGUAAACACGUGUGUAAAUUAACCGCCGAUGGCAAUAAAAGUAUCACGUACAAAUUUAAUGGAAAGAAAAAAGAGGAAACAAAUUUUUAAAAUGUAUCGUAAUAUCAAUGUUGUACUUCGUAGAGUACCCCCUCAUGAAAAAGGGGUUCGAUAUAACUCGCGGUUAAAUUAAACAUCGCAAAUACAAAAUUAUCUUAAACAGAAUAUUCGUUGAGUAAGAAUUAAAUCGACUCUGUUUACUAUAAUAUUUUCUGGCUAAGUUUUCAAAACUAGUAGAAAGCGUCGAGCUAUUCAUUAUUACUGUUACUGCUGUAGACGGAUGAAAAUUGGACGCUCAUUGGUCACCGAGGGGUUAAAUAUUUAUUAUACAUACCGUUUCACUACCCCUGUUGCUUGAUCUCUUGUCUUUUCACGCAAACUUACAGGCACACCCCUUCCGUCUUCCAACAUAGGGAUAAGUUGUUAUGAUGUAAAAAAAAAGAAAAAGGACAAAAAUAAUAGGAGUAGCAUUUAAUGUAAUUCGCAGUUGAGUAAGUGACCUUGAGCGGCCAAUGUAGCUUUAUUCAAUCGAAUGCUAGCAAUACACAAGAUAGCCAGGUAUUUGGAAGCGAGGAAUUGCUCUCUAAUAUGAAACUUGUCCCAGUUAAAUGGACUGCGAUCUCAUGAUUGAACAAUUGUACCGGUAUUUCAAUUUACCUAGACUUUCAAGCACCUGAGUAUCUUUGGUACUUAGUGUAAAUUACUAAUUUGUAAUUAUUAUUAACUCUGAACCUGCACAUGCAAGAAAAACAAUCGUUAUCUUUCAAAGACCUACCUAUUGGUAACUGCCUAUGACUGAAUCGUUCCAAGGUUUAGCAUCUCCUUAUAUAAGUACCUACCUUUGGCUUAUAUAUCUUUUCCCCUACGCUUCAGAGUAAAGCGGUAAAGGUUGAGGGUGCAUUAAACAGGAAAUUUCUUGAUUGAAGGUUCGAUUGCUUCUCACAACCUAAGGCAGGUACGGUUCGCUGAUAUCCAGGUCUCUUUUGUGUGUACUUACUUGUGACAGCAUUUUAUGCUGUCAAGGAAACGUUGAAACUUGUUUUUUCUCAGAAUUGUAUUGCAUCCAGAGAUACUUUUGAAUGGAGAUAGCAACUCUGAUAAUAUUACUUCCUUUUAAAUUUGGUUUGUCUCUGGCCAAAAUUAUCUCUCUAUAUACAAUCGGACUUAAUUCUAAGAGAGGUGAGUUUCUACGUUUCCCUGUGAGUGUUUGUGUGAACAUAUACGUCUGUUGUAUAUAUACAUACACAAUUGCAUGUAUAAGCAUACUCGAAUGUUCUGACAUGCAUGUGUAUGUCUGCUUUAUGUAUUUGUAUAUUCCUUUAUACAUUUAAUAUACAAUACCAUUAAUUCUGAUCAAAUGUCCUAUUAUCAGCUGUACUCGAAUCGAUUGGCCUCUUAAAGUUACCGUGGAGCUAUCGUCACCGUACCAUUGUGCUAUUCCGUAUAUUCGCUUCAUUCGUUGUGUUUGAGAGACAGAAAUGGAAACGAUAUAUUUAUAAUUAUCUGUCUCUCAAACAGAAAGGCAAUUUGGCAUAUCGAAAGUGGAGAUUGUGCCUGACAUGAUUCAGAAUUUAAAAAAAACAAAAAGUAAAAGUAACAGACCAAUCUUUUCUAUCUUGACUAUAAUACUUGAUUACUAUGUAUAUCUUAUCGUUGAUCUCAUUUUUCAUCGUUUAUAUAUUGCUUUAUAAAUUCUCUUGUUUUUUGUAUAUAUAUUCUGUUUAUUAUUGUACAGAACUACCACAAGCUACAUAAAUUAACAUUUAUAUAAUAUUAUUGUUAAUUAUUAAUA